UCUCUCAUGCUAGCUACCACUAACGCAACAGAUCUGCAGCUAACUCACCUCGCAAAGUCGCGGCUGGACCCCUCCUCGAUCUAUGAGUUAGGUAGAGCGUGGCUGGGCUAGACGCGGUUGGUGUUGUGCUGUCAUGGCUUCUCGAAUUACGGGUCAAUAGGUACCUACUCUGUUGGUUAGGUGUUAUAACAUCGGUGUCCUUCAAUCCUUAUCUCUGGCCCUAUGCUAUGCUUUAACCCUCCUUAUCUACGCUGAGGGUAUGUUAGGCUGGUGUGCAUCUAUGGGACUCCAAUUCGGUACGUACCCACCCUACUUAGCACCCGGGAGCGGGGCCUGCUCCUAGUAAAAGCGCCGUUAGACGUUGGAGGGGCUGCGACGACGACGUCUGAGCUACCGCCUGAGCUACGCAGCGCCCAGUACAGCAUCACCUCGCGCAAAUUUCCCUAAGACCCGCACCGGGAAAUCGGCAUGGACAGUCCGUAUUCCAGGGAGCUAGAGGUCGCCAUCGGAGCAAUCCAAUCUGCCACCAAGCUUAGCCAAGCCAUCACCUCGGUCGACGACAAGGGCGUUCUCGAGAAAAGCGACCUCAGUCCCGUCACCAUCGCCGACUUCGCCAUCCAAGCACUGUUGACCGCCACCGUCCACCAUGCCUUCCCCGGCGAUAAAUUUGUCGGAGAGGAGUCGUCCGGAGACCUGAGGAACAACCCUGCUCUCCUCGACCGCGUAUGGCAGCUGCUCCGGCGGCUGGAGGACGACGAGGCCCAGUCGCUCUGUAAGCUCCCGACCUCGCCCGAGCAGAUGUGCGAGAUGAUCGACUGGUGCGGCUUUGGCGAACCCGGCGGAUCGGCCGCCGGGAGGGUCUGGGUGUUCGACCCCAUCGACGGGACCAAGACCUUCGUUCGGCGCGAAGCCUACGCCAUCAACGUCGCGCUCCUCGAGGGGGGCAAGCAAGUCCUCAGUGUCGUGGGCUGCCCGACUCUUCCCGUCGAUGCCGAAUUCCCUAUUACCAACACCACUGCCGACCCCACGGGACAGGGCAGCAUCCUCUUUGCGGCAAGGGGCUACGGUACGUACAUUCGCCCCUUAGUCGGAUCCCCCUCGGACGAGAUCGAGGUUCGCAGAGUCGAGCCGCACGCCGAAGCCGAGACGUCGCAGGAGCUGCGGCCCGUCUCCUGCUAUAGUAUGGUGGAUUCCGGGAUCGACGAUGCCCAUAAGCUGGCUAUGCAGCGGCUCGGCAUCAACAGCCUGGGGUGCGAUCUGCUCUCAUGGGUGCUUCGGUGGGCGGCCCUGGGGCUGGGUCUCGCGAACAUGACGGUCUGGAUCUACAAGGACCCGCGCCGGAGCGGAAAGAUUUGGGAUCACGCCGGCGCUAUGCUCUUGUUCGAAGAGGUUGGAGGCAAGAUCACAGAUAUCAGUGGCAAAGACAUAGAUCUAGGGGUGGGGAGGAAAAUGACGGCCAACAAUGGUUUCGUCGCUGCACCGAAGGUGAUGCACGCUGCGGUCCUCGAUACUGUUCAAGAGAUUAUUCGAGAGUGCGGCAAGGGACAUCUCCUGGGUUGAGUUGGACGGAUUUGGCCGAGAGCACUGUAGGAUUAGGGAAGCAACAAUUACGCAUCCGACGGGACUAAACAAGAAGAGGAUCAUCCCAUUAUCGUCAUACUGAAACCCGAGACUUUGGAGAAGCAUUGUUUUCGACAGAUAUUUCUCCUUGGCGAAUAAGCAUACCUUUGGCCAACGCUGCUAGUGGGUUAACGACAUCAACGUCAUAAUUUAGUCUUGGUUGGUGUCAUCAUUCGGACGCCAACACAUCGGAGACAUGGCUGGCGCCGCGGAGUUAGAAUUUACGGUCAACACCGCUUUCGAGCCGAUAAUGUAGGGAGGUGCUCGAGAUAGGAGCUCGGUACAAUUAAAUAGCCCGAGUAAGGA